AGUGUGCCAUCAUCAUUCUCCUCUCAAGUCUCAAAAGGCAGGCAAUCUCAGCUGACCAUCUUCUGGCUCUCUUCGUAAGCUUUCAGAAAAAAACACUGAAGUUAUCAAGUUACCGUCUGCAGUAGAGCAGCCAUAACAAUGGCGGAUAUGAACGGCUCUCCAACGCCUGCCAGGCUCGAGGGGAAGUUGACUGCAAUUGUGGUGUGUUGGGUUCUUGGAUUGGGAACCCUUGUUGCUUGGAAUACUAUGCUGACCGUUGGAGACUAUUAUUAUGCAUUAUUCCCGCGGUAUCAUCCUGCAAGGGUACUUACCCUUGUUUAUGAACCAUUUGCCCUUGGAACGAUUGCAAUACUUGCAUAUAAAGAAGCUAAGAUUGAUACAAGGAAGCGUAACUUGGCCGGGUUUACUCUUUUCUUCCUGAGCACAUUCGCCCUCCUUAUUCUAAGAUUAGCCACCUCAGGAAAAGAGGAAUCGGAAAUUACAUUGGUAUAUGCAUCAUUGUUGCUGUUUUUGGCACAGCAGAUGCCCAUAUUGAAGGUGGAAUGGUUGGAGAUCUCUCCCUCAUGUGUCCCGAGUUCAUCCAAUCAUUCUUUGCUGGUCUAGCUGCCUCAGGGGCUUUAACAUCCGCAUUAAGAAUGAUGACAAAAGCAGCCUUUGAUAAAACAAAUCAGGGUCUCCGCAAAGGCGUCAUUCUCUUUCCGAUAUACGUCACAUUCCACACAAGAAAACUUCAAUAUCCUUACGUAUACACAAGAAGCACUUUUUGUGUUUCUACAGUGGGGCCACUUUCAAGUGCAAGUCUGCUUGCAUGGGUUGUACUUUCGGCUGCUGCUCCUUGCUUUAAACUCUUGUACAUUCAUUGAAACGGGCAUUGAACAGCCGCGAAUUUGGAUUGUUUUUUGUCCUGAUGCUCGUGGGGUUCGCUUUUAGAUGGAUUGUACUUUCAAGUGCAUUGGGUCUGCUUCAACAUGUUGUACUUCCGAGUUGGUGCUGUUUGUACUUUCCACUAGCUUUCUUUGCUUAAAACUUUUGGACGUUGGAGUGCACAUCCAUGAUCCACCUUUGCUUGAAACUUUACGUCAUGGAUUGUGUUCUCUGCUAAUCUGCUGAAAAUACAAGAUACAUCUUUAUUAGCAAGGAUGUAUACUUUUUCUAUA